GAAAAUGCAAGAUACUUAUGUUCAUCCUGCUGUAACUUCUUUUCUUUAUGCUUGUGAUGGAGAUACAGGUCGAACUGACUGUAAAAAUUAUCUCCAUUGUGGAAAGAGGAUACGAGUUCAAGUUACCACUGCUUCAUGA